AUGGCCACGCAACGGCAGCCCAAGGUCCUGCUCUUCGACAUAGGCGGCGUCUGCGUCGUCUCGCCUUUCCAAGCCAUCUUGGAUUACGAGCUGUCACUGGGCAUCCCACCCGGCUGGGUCAACUACUCCAUCUCCCAGACCAAACCCCAUGGCUUCUGGCACCGUCUCGAGCGCGGCGCCAUACCCAUGGACCAGGCCUUCUUUGCCGGCUUCAACGCAGAUCUGCACCACCAGGGCCGCUGGCACGCCUUCUACACCCGCGAGGCGGCCAAGAAGAAGAACGGCCACCAGCUGUCGAGUAGUGACGUGCCGCCCGUGCCGCGCAUGGACGGCGAGUGGCUCUUCAACGAGAUGAUGACGGCGAGCAACCACCCGGAUCCGUGGAUGUUCCCAGCCCUGCAGAAGCUCCAGGAGAGCGGGCGGUACAUCCUCGCCGCGCUCAGCAACACGGUCAUCUUCCCCGUCGGUCACCCCCUGCACGCUGAACCUCCCUUUGACGACCCUGUGCGGAGGAUCUUUGACGUGUUCGUGUCGUCCGCUCACGUAGGCAUGCGCAAGCCAGACCCGAAAAUCUACCAGUACGCCCUGGAGCAGGUGGACAAGUAUGCGAAGGACCAUGGCAAGGGAUCAGUGGGACCGGGUGACAUUGUCUUUUUAGACGACAUUGGCGAGAACCUCAAGGAGGCGAAACGUCAAGGGUUCCAGACUAUCAAGGUACCGCUGGGCAGGACAUACGAGGCAGUGGAAGCGUUGGAACGGAUCACGGGCCUGCAGCUGGACGGUGGUCACCCAAAGAUCGCCAUUGAGCCGAGAUAUCCAGCGCCAAAGGCUAAGAUGUAA